AUGGCGCGUAACUCUGAAAAGGCCCAGUCCAUGCUGUAUCGUUUCCGCGAACAACAAGCCAUCGACAUGGGGCUCGGGACCCGCCAAAAAGGCGACCGUAGGCCCAGAAUGACUUCGACCUGCACCAACCUAAGAGAAGCAGAGAGGUGGAGGGGAGACAUCAUGAGGGAUAUCGGGAGGAAGGUGUCAAAGAUUCAAGAUGUCUCUUUGACAGAUUAUCAAGUACGCGAUUUAAAUGACGAGAUCAAUCAGCUCUUCCGGGAAAAGAGGAACUGGGAGAACCAAAUCAUCAAUCUGGGAGGAGCGAAUUACAAGCGGUCAGCGGGGGUCAUGGUGGAUGAUGAUGGGCGGGAGGUGCCUGGAACCAGAGGCUACAAGUAUUUUGGACGAGCCAAGGAAUUGCCUGGUGUGAAAGAGCUUUUCACUCGAAGUGCUGCCCAAGCGACCGAAGAGUCUGCCCGUAAUUCUUCCUUCCAGAUGUUCCGACACCAAGGACCUGGGUAUUAUGGCGACGAGGACGAGCUUGAAGAGGGGCUUUUGGCUGAAGAGGAAGAAGCGAGUCGACAAGAAUGGAACGAUCAAGCUCGAGAGACGGCUGAAUUAUUAGGCAUCACCGAUGAGACGUCGUUGCCUGCUUAUCCCGUCGAGCUCCCGUCGACAUCGGGCGAGAGCGAAAAGGCCCCACCGGCGACAAAGGGCAAGAAGACUGCCGCGAAUGGGAAGAGCAAACGCAAAGCCGGCAUUGAAGAAGAAGGGGAGGCAAAGAAGAGCAAGGGAGAUGAGGUAUCUGAAGAAGGCCAGAAUGUCCCCGCUGUACAAGAUGCUGUUGCCCAGGCAGCAGCGGCAGGGUACUUGGGCGUCCUAGAUGCGGACAGUAUCAAAUUCCCUACCUUGCCGGAUAAGGAGGAGAUGGCAAAGGUGCUGUUGGAGGUCAGGAAACAGGCUCUGAGAGACGAGUAUGGGGUGUGA